AUGGCGGCCAAAGAUGAGAACACCGUCGUUGAGAUCUCCGACUAUGACACCACCACGCACAGUUCUCUCAUUGACUCCAAGCAGGAGAAGAAGGUUGUUGAUGAGCCUGCCAGCCGUGUCAACAUGGUCACCCAGAGCGAUCUUGAUGAUACCACUAUCUGGUACAACAAGCACAAGCACCUUGGCGAGGAGCCCAUGACCGAGAAGGAGGUUAGCAGGCUCAACCGCAAGAACUUUUGGUUCCUGCUCUGCCAGACCUGGUGGGUUGCUUUCCUCAUCCACUUGGACAAGUCGACGCUGUCCACCGCCAGUACCAUGGGUCUCAAGAAGGAUAUUCCCAUGACCAAGGACCAGUACAACUUGACCUUUACCCUUUUCUACCUUGGCUACCUCAUCGCCCUCUGGCCUGGUGCAGCUCUCGCCCAGCGCAUUGGUCACAAGCAGCUCAUUGUUGGCUCCCUUACUCUUUGGGGUUUGCUGCUUGGCCUUCACAUGGUCAUCACCAACAUUUCGCAGCUCUUGGCUUUGCGAUUCCUUCUUGGCAUGACUGAGUCCCAGAUUGUGCCUUCUUGCACUGUCCUUCACCAGGCUUUCUUCCCUCCUAAGAAGAGUCCCUGGGUCCAGCUUCUGUGGUGGGCUUCCGGCUCGUUUGCCAACGUCCUGCUUACCAUGGUUGCCUACAAGCUCAUUCUCGAUGCUGAGGCUGGUCCUCUUCCCGGUCACAUUGUCUCGUGGCGAUGGAUGCAUCUCAUCUGUGUCAUUCUGACUGUCAUCGUCAUCAUCCCGCUUGCCAUCUUCCUUCCCAACAACCCUACCCGCGCCAAGUGGCUCAAUGACAAGGAGAAGGUUCAGACCAUCAGCAUGAUUCGCGAGACCCACGCUGGUAUUUCCAACAAGGUCUUCAAGUGGUCUCAGGUUUGGGAGGUUAUCAUCGACCCCAAGAGUUGGCUUUUCAUCCUGCACAUGUUCUUCAACGAGCUGCCCAACAACACCUCUCAGCAGCUGCCAUCUCUUCUUGUCGGCUUCGGCUUCACUGCCGCUCAGAGUGCCCUGUUUAACAUUGCCAAGCCUCUCUGGGGUUCGUUCUUGGUGUUUGUUUCCGCAGCCAUGCUCUACUUGACCGAUCUUGGUGUUGGAUACACCUGCGCCAUCUCCUACAUUCCUUGCAUUAUCGGCGGUAUCAUUAUGGUUGCUACCCCCUGGAACAACAAGGUUGCACUUGUUGUCGGAACCCAGAUUUCGACUUUCAAGCCAUCGUACCUUCUCGGCCUGUCCUGGGCUGGUACCACCACCACCGGCUACACCAAGAAGCUGACUCUCAUGUCCACCUGCAUUGUGUCCGCUUCCGUGGCCAACAUGAUUUCUCCCCUCUUCUGGGAAGCCAAGUACGAGCCCUACGACUACCUGCCUUGGGGUUUCAUGACCGCCUUCUGGAUCAUCUCUCCCAUCAUGUGUAUCAUCAUCCGCUUCUACCUUGUUAACGAGAACAAGAAGCGUGAGCGCCUGCUCAUGGAGAAGGGCAACGACUCCGAAGUUGAAGGCCUCGACACUGGUAGCGAGAUCAUGCACCUCAACGACAAGGAUCUUGAUCUUACUGACAGACAGAACUUGCGUUUCGUUUACCCCUUGUAA